AUGGCAUCUAACAAUAAUCAGGGCCACGUUCCCGGCCAAGAUCCGACACAACGAGCAAUUCCUUUACAGAAUCUUUCCCGAGAUGAAAGCGACGAUUUUGAGAAUAUCGAUGAUCGCCGAGGGAGGAGGAGGAGUAGCGGCGCAAGGACUGGACAUGGGCCGAGACGGUCACUACUUGCGGGCGGAACCUUUAAGACAUACGAGCGCGUCGCGGAGGACUCACCUAGUCCAAAAGAGAGAGUCGGCCUGCGAAUUACGCAACCAUCGAGCGCGAGGCUUAGAGAGAACAAUCCGUAUGCGCCUGAUGAUCAUGACUUUGUCGAUGACCCAGGUGGUUUCGCCGAGGCCAUGGGUUCGAUAGGGUUUGGCUUUCGUCCACCGUCACCGCGGCGGCCUGAUAGCGAAGAAUAUAUGAUGAGUUCAUUUCCAGGGCCGUCUGGACACGGUGGAAGGGCAACUCCUGACGAUUAUUUUUCUUCUCCAAUCGUACCGAUCGAUGACACCGCUCCGUUGACGGACAAGAAAUACCUCCAACCUAUCAGCGGCGCAAAGGAAGGAGACUCCGAAGGUCGAACGAGCAUGCAGAGCAUAAGGCUGGGGAAUAGUUACAGCAGCUCCCGCUUAGGUGAUGAUUUGGAAACUGGUGCAGGAAGAAGACGGGGCAGCAGCAGUGCAGGCGGCAGUCCUUCGCGUUCGCGCUCUUUAUCACCAUCUGUGUCCGGCUCGGCUUUGCACAGAGCCGGUACCGUCAUGCAAAUGAUGUCGCAGCGUGUGGUCAACUUGAGUAACGAGCCUGUCGAGCAGGCCAUCAUGCGCCGAGAGUCGAUGAAGAGGUCAAAACACGACGAGCCACCGAAUUCACCCUCGCAACACGAGUCUGAUAAUAUUCCGCAUCGAAUGGAAAGUGUGUCUGAGAAAGGGAGCACUCAAUCGGCCUGGAGGACAAACGUUAACCCGUUUAAAGGGAAAUCACUCGGUAUAUUCAGCCCGGACAACCCACUGAGAACAAAGCUAUGCGAUGUCCUUGUGCACCCGGCUACGGAACCAUUCAUUUUGCUGGUCAUUGUGGUCCAUGCCGUAUUGUUGACUGUGCAGUCUGCCCAUUCAGUGUGGACUCACCCAAGGUCUGAUCAAUGGGGCUCACAGGCAAUCGAUUACGCCCUAUUCGUCAUUUUUGUCAUUUAUACAAUCGAGCUGUCUGUUAGGAUUAUAGUAUCCGGUUUUAUCUGGAACUCAGCAGAGUACAGUACUAUGGACAGGUCACUCGGCUUCAAAAAGGCGAUUGCUGAGAGAGGAAAAAGCCUGUUAUCACUCCAACGAGAACCUUCAACAAAAAAAAAAUCGGUCAAGUUCGAGGACGCUCAGCCCUCAUAUUUGCGCAAGACUGUUACGGGGCUGCAACCAUUUACCGACUCCUCAGAUGAUCCUCGCCACGGGUCACGUAAACGACUUGCUUACAGGGCGUUUCUCAGACACUCUUUCAACCGAUUGGACUUUCUGGCUGUUAUUUCAUAUUGGAUCGCGUUCGGCUUGCAGAUCACGGGGUACUCCAGCAAACAUAAUAUAUAUAUUUUCCAGAUGCUCAGCUGUCUGCGUUUACUCCGACUACUCGGUAUCACGGAUGGAACUUCGGUCAUUCUACGGAGUUUGAAAAAAGCGACUCCACUACUUCUUCACGUUGGUUUCCUCAUUGGCUUCUUCUGGCUGCUCUUCGCUAUUGUGGGCAUUCAAAGCUUCAAAUCCAGCUUACGCAGAUCUUGCGUCUGGAUCGAUCCAGAAGGUCAGAGUAAUUUUACUAUGAAUGACCCUUAUAAUGUUAUCCAAUUAUGUGGAGGAUAUCUUGAUAGCACUACAGGUGAAGCGCGACCUUGGGUCUAUGCAAACAACGAGCCUUCGUCGUUCAGUCCUAAGGGUUACCUUUGCCCUCAAGGCUCCAUGUGCAUUGAAGGAACCAACCCGUACAACGGAACAGUGAGUUUCGACAACAUUUUCAAUUCUCUUGAGCUCGUUUUCGUUAUCAUGAGCUCCAAUACGUUCACCGAUCUCCUAUAUUAUACGACAGACUCGGAUUAUCUUUCUGCCGCCUUGUUCUUUGCUAUCGGAUUUGUGCUGCUAAGUUUGUGGAUGGUGAACUUGUUAGUCGCGGUUAUCACAUCCUCAUUUCAAGUCAUUCGAGAGGAAAGCAGGCAGAGCGCUUUUGCCAUGGAGAAAGUAGAGGAACCUGAAAGCGAUGAGUCGGCACAUUACAAAGUCAAUCACCUCAAAACCCUCUAUGAGAAAACCAGAUGGCUAUGGAUAACCUUGAUCGCAUACGACCUGAUCGUUCAAUGUAUGCGAAGUGCAACGAUGAGUCCCUCGACAGAAAGGUUCAUUAGCGACACCGAAACAGCCGUUACCUUUGUUCUCUUGUUGGAGAUCAUUCUACGUUUCGCGUCUGACUGGAGACAUUUCCAUCAAAGCAAGCGCAACCUUGUAGAUCUGGCUCUCGUGAUAAUAACAUGCAUCAUACAAAUUCCGCCGAUCCACUCCUCGGGCCAAGUAUACAUGGGACUUACGCUCUUCCAAAUAUUGCGUGUAUACCGCAUCGUCUUGGCAUUUUCGGUGACGAGGGACCUCAUCACGGUGGUGUUUCGCAACGUUGUGGGUUUGUUGAACUUGAUCCUCUUCGUGUUUUUGAUCACAUAUCUCGCGGCCAUAUUUGCUGUGCAGUUAUUCCGCGGUGUGAUCCCAGCCGAAACCGACAAUGGGAAUACGAUUGAUAUGACAUUCUUCACUAUAUACAACUCCUUCCUCGCCAUGUACCAGAUUUUGUCUAGUGAGAACUGGACUACAAUUUUGUACGGCACUACUACAUUCACCAAAAUGUAUGGCACCUCCUGGAUAUCAGCAUCAUUCAUCACAAUAUGGUUCAUCCUCUCGUGUUUCAUCAUCUUGAACAUGUUUAUUGCUGUCAUUCAAGAGAGCUUCGAUGUCUCGGAGGAUCAGAAGCGUCUGCAUCAGGUGAAGGCUUUCCUACAACAAAAAGAGCUCGGGUCUUCCUCGGCCAGUAAUCUUGCCCUAACGUCUAUAUUCAAACUCGGCCGCGACAACGCUCGGCAUCGGGAGCCUUUGGAUUAUGGCCCUGCCACUAUGGACAUGCUUCUCAAGGAUGCCGUAGUGCAGGAGUUUCUCGACGAGCACUUCGAGUCCUUCGACACCCAAACGCCACACCAGCCAUCUGUGGACAAAGAUGCGUUACAGCCAGGCUGGCUUUCUACAAUCUGGACUAAGAUCUCAAAGACAUUCCUAAACAAGGAGCCUAAUCCAUUCUACUCCAGGUUAAAGUUCUCAAAAGCGUACGACGAGCUUGAUCCUCGAACUUUGGCGAAAGAGGUGGUGAUGGCUUCUGAGCAGCGCAAAGUCGCACAAAGAGAAUACCUUCAACGUUACCCGCUAUACAAUAAAUCUUUGUAUAUCUUCAGCACCAAGAAUCCAAUUCGAAGAGGAUGCCAGCGUAUGGUCGGACCAGGACGUGGCAGUCAACGAUAUGAAGGUGUCGAACCCUACAAACCGCUAUGGUACACCUUCUCGGCCUUUAUCUACGCCUGCAUCGUUGCUAUGGUCUUGUUGGCUUGUAUCACGACGCCGUUGUAUCAGAGAGAUUACUUUUUGACGCGAGAGUACACUCCUGAUAACUGGUUUGUUUGGACGGAUGCAGGAUUUGCAGCAGUAUUCACUAUCGAAGCCGUGAUUAAAGUCAUUGCUGAUGGAUUUUUCUGGACGCCAAAUGCCUAUUUCCGAAGUUCUUGGGGUUUCCUUGACGGUGUUGUGCUAAUAACGCUAUGGAUCAAUGUUUUCACUUCCUUGUUUACCGCCGGAAGUGUAUCUAGAAUUGUCGGAGCUUUCAAAGCUUUGAGGGCAUUACGGCUUCUCAACGUUAGCGAUAGCGCCCGUGAUACAUUUCACUCUGUUAUCAUCGUCGGUGGUUGGAAAGUUGUCUCUGCUGCAUUCGUUUCGUUGAGUUUCCUUAUCCCCUUUGCCAUCUACGGUUUGAACCUAUUCAAUGGACAGUUGGUAUCAUGCAACGAUGGUUCGCUUUCAGGAAGUCUCGGUGGUUGUAUCGGGGAAUAUCAAAGCUCGCCAUACAAUUGGAAUGUCUUGGCGCCUAGGGUUGCUGCAAAUCCAUAUUACAGCUUUGACAAUUUCGGCGAAUCCCUAUUCAUUCUCUUUCAGAUUGUCUCUCAGGAAGGAUGGAUUGAUGUUCAAUCGAGUGUCAUGAGCAUCACGGGGCUUGGCCAGCAGCCUCAAGAUUUUUCAUCACAAGCGAACGGUCUUUUCUUCGUUGUUUUCAACUUGCUCGGUGCAGUUUUCGUGUUGACUUUGUUCGUCACUGUGUUUAUGCGAAAUUACACGGAACAGACUGGAGUUGCCUUUUUGACUGCGGAACAGCGUUCGUGGCUUGAGUUGAGAAAACUUCUACGACAAAUAUCGCCAUCUAAAAGAUCGAAUAACGCUUUUGCUGAUAAUUGGCGCAAGACAUGCUAUCGCCUCGCAUCAAGAAAGAACGGUAAAUGGGCGCGCUUCAUCACGGGCUUACUCGUAUUCCAUCUGCUGCUGCUCACUUUGGAGUGGUAUCCAUAUCCGGUUAUGUGGGAUCUCAUUAGAGAUGUACUCUUUUUCAUCCUGACCUUCUUCUAUAUUGCGGAUAUUGCGAUACGUAUUAUUGGACUUGGUUGGCCUCGCUUUAGACGAAGCUCGUGGGAUCUUUAUUCCCUUUUGGUCGUCCCAGGAACUUUCAUUACUAUCGUUUUGGCGUUCAUCUUCCGCAAUGUCAACCGCAUGAACGCCGUACUGCAACUUAAUAAGCUGUUCAUUGUCUCCAUCACACUGCUGAUCAUCCCUCGCAACAAUCAACUCGAUCAGCUUUUCAAGACGGCUGCUGCUAGUUUGACGUCUAUCGUCAAUCUACUAGCAACUUGGUUUGUCCUGUUCCUCGUAUUCGCCAUCGCGAUGACGCAAACUUUCGGACUCACGAAGUUUGGAGCGAACGAAAACAACAACCUCAAUUUCCGGGACGUUCCGAAUGCGCUGAUCUUGCUCUUCCGGACAAGUGCUGGUGAAGGCUGGAAUCAGCUUAUGGAGGACUUUGCAACCAUGCAACGACCGUACUGUACAUUGAAUGAUGAGUUCCUUCAAUCAGACUGCGGAAGCCAAGGAUGGGCUCGUGGUCUUUUCAUUGCGUGGAACGUGAUCAGCAUGUAUCUCUUCGUAUCGCUUUUUGUCUCUCUCAUUUUCGAGAGUUUCUCCUACGUGUAUCAACGAAGCAGUGGCCUUGGUCUCUAUACUAUUGACCGAGACGAGAUUCGGCGUUUCAAGGAAGCCUGGGCUAAUUUCGAUCCUCGUGGUACUGGGUUUAUCACGAAGGAGCAAUUUCCGAGGCUACUAGGGGAACUUUCCGGUGUCUUUGAGAUGCGCAUCUAUGAUGGAAAUUUCACUAUUGGUCGGAUCCUUGAAAAGUGUCGAAGUGGUCCCAAUCCCCGAGACUCUCUAGUUUCUUUCAAUCCUUCGGAGAGAGCGGGAGGCAACGAAGUUGAUAUCGCAAAGCUAGCUCGGAUCCUUGAUCAAAUUCCGGUCGAGGAGAUUCGUGCUCGCCGAAAACGCCUGAACAUCUUCUAUGAGGAAGUUUUGGUGUCGGCCGACCCAGAGCGUGGAGUGUCGUUUUCUGCGUGUCUCAUGAUUCUCGCUCACUACAAGAUCAUUGUCGAUAGCAAAAGUCUACGUCUCGAGGAAUUCCUUCGGCGUCGCACCAGGCUUCAACGCGUUGAAGAGGCUGUUCGACGAAACACUGUCAUCGGCUUUUUUGAUACGCUGUACUGGGCUCGGCGAUUUCGCAAGCAUAUCGAGAACCGCAAAUCGGCACGUCUCACAGCUGUUCCUCAAUUUUCAAUCCCUGAAAUUUUCGUUGAGGAUCAAGAACGUCAAGAAGCCGAUGACGACUUUUUCGAUGGCGAGUCUAGUCUGCAGAAGGACUCCAGGUUGACACUGUCUUCAGCAAUCUCUCAAAUAAGUGGGAUGUCACCUACCACCUCUCCUCGACCAUCUUUGCAGAUCGAUACCAGUAUUGCGGCAGAUUCUUCAAGCGAGUGGUCGAGAAUCGGCGCUGCGCUAUCACCACGAUCAACCGCCGCAGAGCUCGGUGUUGMCCCCCCCGGCCGUUCGCGAUCCAUGAGUGGUCAUUCAUCACAGGGCAGCCAGUCGCAAGACAACAGUGUCAUUGUGCAAGAUAUGAUGCAAAGUUUGGGUGAUUCGGCCUGGGGUCAAAGUAUUCGCAGGAGCUUUACGCAGAGACGCUCAGGUCAGGGUCCUCCUCCGUCGUAA